AUGGUCCCAGAUGCUCCCCAGAAAAAUGGAAAAAGCAGUGUCUUGAUCUGGUUUAUUCGCAAGGCUGGUGCACAGGGGACAGGAACCCAGCCAGUCAGCCCCAGGCAUCAGCCCCGCUCCCUCCUCCCCGCAGGGCUGUGGUCUCUGGAGUACAAGCGGGAGCUGACCACCCCGCUGUGCCUUGCCGCCCGCUGGGGUCACACCACCUGCCUGCGCCAUCUCCUCCGCCGACGGGCUGACCCUGACCUGGCGCCAGGGGGGCACGGACCCCUGCACGAAGCCUGCCUGGGGGGGCACACCGACUGUGUCGAGCUGCUGCUGGAGCACAAGGCUGAUCCCAACCUGCAGAGUGAUGAGGGCCUGGCCCCGCUGCACCUCUGCACCACCCAAGACUCCCUGGGAUGUGCCAAGCUCUUGCUGAGACACGGGGCCACUGUCGACCUGCCCAGCGAGGACGGGGGGGAGACGGCGCUGCACGUGGCGGCCAGGCACUGCCUCUGUGACCAUGCCCACCUCUACCUGCGGCACGGGGCACACGUUGAUGCACGCAGCGCACGGGAGGAGACAGCCCUCAGCAUCCUCUGCGGGCAGGCACUGGGCACCAGUGAGGGCUGCCUGCAGCUUUGCCGGCUGCGGGCUGCCCACGGUCCCGACAUCCACGCCCGGGAUGAGAUGUGGAGGAGCCCCUUGCACAAGGCGUGUGGGGCUGCCAACGCCAGCCUGGCACGCUUCCUCCUGCGGCGUGGGGCCGACGUCAAUGCCAUCGACUACGAUGGCGUCUCCCCACUGGGCUGCGCGCUGCAGAGUGCCGCCUUCAAGCAGGAGCUGCAGCCCCACCUCGCUGUCCAACUACUGCUCAACCACGGCUCGCAGAAGAUAUGGCCCCCUGCCUUCAUCAAGGACGUGCCAGAGGAGGUGUUUCAGCAGCACCGGCUAUUCUACGAGUCCUUCUUCCGGCUGACGGGCACAGUCCGGUGCCUGCAACAUUUAUGCCGCUCCGCCAUUCGGAAGAAGUUUGGCAGCAAAUGCCAUUGCCUUAUCCCCUUGCUGCCUGUGCCCAAGCCUUUGCACAAUUACCUGCUGCUGGAGCCCGAAGGAGUCGUGCUUUGAAGGGCCGAGAGGAGCCGACCGAGGUCUGCCGUCCAGCCCUCCCUUACCUCGUCGUCCCUCGGUGUAGCGCAGCAGCAUCCAUUUCUGUCAGCUGAGCAAAGGAGCACCGGUUUUCAUGAUAGAUGGUUGUUUUUCAGGGAUUUAUAACGUAACUGAAAUGUGCUUUUGGCUGUAACUUUGUAUAGAUUUUUUUUUCUAAUUGUGCUUUAAAUAGAUUAUAAAGAGUAAUAAAAUGAUUAGUAGCUGUUACAAGCAUACUGC